AAAGGUAGAGGAGGGAAAAAGACGGCGCCGAAAAAAAAAAAAAAAAAAAAAAGAAAAAUACAAAGGUGAAUAAAUCAGACGAAGAUGAAAAAAAGGAAAAAGAAAAAGAUUGAAUGAAAAUAAGAAAACAUUCCCAUCGGCUCACACGUGUCUUAUCUAUUUCGUCGUAUCUCUUGGUGUGAGCCUUCUGCUUGAGACCGUGUUUAUCUCAUCGGUCAUACAAAAGAUUUGCAAAGAAGAAGAAGAAGAAGAAGAAGAAGAAGAGGAAGAAGAAGAAGAAGAAUAAGGUGUGCCCGAUUGAAAAAAAAAAAACAUAAGAAGAAUAAAUUGAAAGAAAAAAUGCAAGAUCGAAGAAUAUCGUUCGAGUUUUGAUCGAAAUAUGGGAUGCUAGGAUUGAUUGGGAAGGUGAAAAGGGUGGAGGAGGAGGAGGAGGAGGAGGAGGGUGGGUGGGUGACACGAGACUCGAGUUCGAUCAGUUAUUAUUUAUUAUUUAUCGAUUAAUCUUUUUUUUCUCGUUAUUAUCGAUAAAUAAGAUCGCAUCGAUAGUAUAGCAAAUGUUUUUAUUUUUUUUUUACUCUGAUAAGUUUACGCUUAAGUAUAGUACUAUAUAUAUUAUCCGAUAUAUAUGCAGUGAGAGGGAGAGAGAGAGAGAGAGAGAGAGAGAGAGAGAGAGAGAGAGAGAGAGAGAGAAUAAUUCUCUCGUUUAUUUCAAAAAUGUAAGGACACUUUUUUUUUAUUUCUUUCUUUUAUUUCUUUAUUUUUUUUUUUUUGUCUUUUUUUUUUUUUUAAAUUGGCGUACAUAUGUAUUUUUACUCGAAUACUUUAUCAAUUGUUUAACUAUCGAUCGAUCGAUCUAUCGUUCGAUUUUUAUUUCAUUUUCUUUCUUUCUUUUUUUUUUCCUUACUUUCUAACCUUUCAUCAAUUUUUUUCUCUCUUUUUUUGUUUUCCGUUUUCUUUUUUCUUCUUCCUUUUUUUUUUCUUUUAUUUCAAUCUCACCUCUAUCUUUCCUCCAACGAAACUUUAUUUCUCUUUUCUAUAUUUCUUCUCUUACUAUCCGUCGUUACCCAUACUUUUUGCUAUAUAGAAUUUUUUAGUAGUCGAAAUAUAUAUAUAUAUAUAUAUAUAUAUAUAUAUAUAUACAUAUAUAUAGUAUUAUUAAUUAUCACCGUGGUUGCCAUAUUAUUAUAAAAUUAGCUUAAUUACGAACAGCCCGUAAAAGUUUAUCAUAGAAAGAGGGGGGGAAGGGGUCAUAAGUAAUAUAUAAAUAUUAUAAAUAUAUACACACGUAUAUGUAUAUAUAUACAUGUAUAUGUAUAUAUGUAUACAUAUAUAUAUAUAUAUAUAUAUAUAUAUAUAUAUAUAUAUUAUAAUUAUAGUACACCUAAGUCAUAUUUAUAUACAUAAUAUGUCUAGUCACAUAGUCGACGCUCAAUGGAAAUGGAGAAGACAAAAAUAAGAAAGAAAAAAAAAUAUAUAUAUAAAAAAAGAAGAAAAAGAAAAAAAAAGAAAAAAAAAAUGAAAAGAAAAGAAACGAGGAAAUGAAAUGAUGAAAUAUAAUACUGCAUAUACCAAACGUGAAAAGGAUGGGCGUAAAAUGAUGGCGCAUAGUGCGCAUAGUAAAAUACGAUGUAAUGCUGUAAAAAAAGAAACGUACAUAAAUACAUACAUACAUACAUACAUACAUACAUACAUACAUACAUACAUAUAUACAUACAUACGUAUGUACGUACAUACAUGUAUACAUACAUACACGCAUACAUGCAUACAACAUGUACGUAAGUACUUAUAUAUCUUACAUAUAUACGUAUACAUAUACAUAAAUGCAUAUGCAACGUAUAAACUAUUCGCACUAUUCGCACGUAUUUAAAUUUCUUGAAGGAUUAAACUCUGUUGUCGUCGUGUUCAUAUUGACAAGUUGAGAAAAUAAUACGACGAACGAACGAACACACAUAUAAAUAAGAGACAAGAAACGGAGAGACAAACAUAUAAAGAGAUAUAGAGAUUUGAGGGAAUUUGUUUAUCGUACGACAAUGGAACGUACUUACGUUGACCUUUAAACGACAAAUGAAACCAAAAUUUUAUACUAGCCCUUUAUUUAUUAGCGCGAUCGUUUUUCUAGAAUUAGAUUUUUAAAGAAAUCUCAAAUCGCGAUAAUAUCGUAAUAACUUAAGCAUCAUAAUAUCACCGAUUGUCGAACACGUUCGAUUAGAUCGUAAAAGUCAACGUGAUAAUCGUUCCUUCGAUCGAGGAAAAAAACGAAAAGAAAAAAAAAAAAAAGGAAAUAAAGAAUAAUAUAAAAUAUUUAACGUUACGCACGAACACGCAUAGAAAAAAAAAAAGAAAGAAAAAAAAAUAAUAUUAAAAUAAUAAAUACGACAGGGGCUAUGGCAGAGAAAGAAAAAAGAAGAAAAAAAGGAAAGAAAGAAAGAAAGAAAGAAAGAAAGAAAGAAAAACUAGAAAGAGAAAGAUAUACUUGGCUUCAUAUCGAGCAAACUGGCCGUAAUUAUCUACAUAGAUAUACACACACAUAUGCAUUGUCGUUACGAACAAUCGAGAUUCGAUCUAUCGAAUAAAAAUGGAUCGAUCGUAAUUCUCUUGUGCGUGAUAAAAAAGAAAAAAAAAAAAAAUACGUGUAAACUCGGAAAAUCAUUUUUCGAAGAAUCUUACAUCAUGAGAUCCGAAUAUUUUCUGUUUUUUUUUUCUUUUUUUUUUCUUUUUUUUUUCUUUUUUUUCUUUUUCUUCUUAUUUUCAUCGAAAGGAGAAAAAGAAAAUACCAAAAAGAGGAAGAAGGUGUAAUUCGAUCGAUCGAUCGAAUUCCGUUUCAAUUAGGGAACAAGAUAUGAAUUAUCGAGAGUCGAUUGUAUUAAUCGUAAAAAAAAAAAAAAAAAAAAAAAAAAAAAAAAACACGAUAAUAACAAUAAACAAAGGGGGAGGGGGGAAAGAAAAAAAAAGACAAAACCACCAAGAAAGAAUCACAAAUUAUUUCUUCUUGUAGCACAUACGAGAGGAAGAAAGAGAGGAAUAAAAAAAAAGGGGGUUUUGCGCGCGCGCAACUCGCUUUAAAUAUCCAUAAGAAAAUAAAAAAGAAUAAAGGGAGAAAAAGAGAAAGAAGAAUAAAAUAAAAUAAAAAGAAAGAAACACACAUACACACUUACAUACAGAGAAAGAAAUAGAGAGAGAGAGAGAGAGAGAGAGAGAGAGAGAGAAAAGGGAUGUUUCGAAAAGGAUAGCGAUAUAUUUGGCAGUUUCGAAGGGUCUCAUCCUUGACCUCUUGCUAAGACCUACGUAACUACAUAAACGCUUUUUACUCUACCAAAUCUGGCGACGACGCGUUAUUUAAAGGAAUAAAAGGAAAAAAAAAUAAAGGAAAAGAGAAGAAAAAAAAAAUAAUAAGAGAGAGAGAGAAAGGCCGAUCGUCGAUCGUCAAUCUAGUCUAGAUUUUUGAUCUGGACAUACAACACGUUCGCCGUUAUACUGUGUACGAUAAACGUAAUUUCUAUCAUUACGAAUGAAAUAAAUAAAUAAAUAAAUAAAUAAAAAAAAAAAAAAAAAAAGAGAAAAAAAAGAAAAAAAAAAUGAUUAACGAAAAGAAAAGAAAAAGGAUGAAAAGGAAAAACAAUGAAGAUGAUGCGAAAAAAAAAAAUAAAAAAACAAAAAAUGAAAGAAGAAGAAAAAACAUGAAUGGCAGUAAACCGAAUGGGAGGAUUUAAUAAUAGCGUUAUAUCGUAAUCGUAAUGAUUAAUGGUAAACUUAAUGAUUAUAAUGUAUUGGUAAUGAUAAAGAAUAAUAAUGUUUAAUUGACGAUCAAUAACCAAGAGCGCACGUAUUUCAUGAUUCAUUCAUAGUUUAAUGAACAUUAAUUCAUUUCUUUUUUCGUGAAAGAGUGAUGUUGUGUAUGAAUAUUAUUAGAGAGAGAGAGAGAGAGCGAGAGCGAGAGAGAGAGAGAGAGAGAGAGCGAGAGAGAGAGUGAGAGAGAGAGAGAAAGAGAGAGAGAGAAAGAGAGAGAGAUAGAGAGAUAGAGUGAGAACGAUGGAGAAAAGGGGAAAAUAAACGAUGAUACACCGUGGAAUGUUACAAAAAUUACCACCAAAGGAAAAUCUCAUUAUAUAAAAUUAUUAUGUAAUAAUUGUCCAUACAUCUUAAAAUGUCGAAAUAAACUAAUAAUGAAAAGAAUAUCGUGGGUUUUUUUUUUCUUAUACGUCUUUAUAUUGUUUUCCCAAUUGUACACACUUUUGAAUUUAACCGCGUUUAAAUAGCACGUGACUAUAUGUAAUAAUAAUAAAAUACAUUAAAUUAAUUUAUUAAAUUAUUACGCAUUGAAUUAUUACAAUUAUUAAUAUAUAUAUAUAUAUAAAUAUGUAUAUAAUUUAUUAAACAUUCGUUUUGGUUAUUAUUUCGUUGUUAUUUUAUCUAAAAUAAUAUAAUUUUGACAUAUUUGUAUUUUGAUUUUGAUUAACGUAGUGUCAGAUACAUCAAAGGCGGGAAAUGAUCCUCGUCAAUGUUUAUUUUAUUCAAUGGGUUCAUUUGUCUCGUCUCUUUUAUAUUUCGUGUGUUUUUAUUAAAAAUGUCGUUAUGCUGUAGUUACGUUCCAGAUUAUUUUUCUAUAAACGAUAUUUUAGCAACGGAAGAACGUAUAUUAUGUACGAUUGACGUGACACUUCCUGGUUUAGGAUUUUUAGAUAUUUCUAAUGAUUCGGAUGAUUUAAAACAAGGAACAAAACUAGAAUUUCCUAUUUGGUUAACUCAUCCACUUAAUAUAAUACAAGGAUCACUCAUCAAUAUAGAAUUACCAAAAGUAUAUAAAGAUAGUUAUAGAGAAAUUCUUCAAGCAGAUGCAUGCGCAGUAUCACUGAGCAAAUGGAAUCCUCAUUUUUAUGAAGUAGGAAUGUAUUUAAGAACCUUUAAUAUUCGGGAAAGUGAAAAAUUAACAGAGAAUUUGUUAGAGACCUUCAAAUGUCGAUUCAGAUUAAUCAUGGAUUGGGCACAGAAUCCUAUUUCAGAUCUGACAUUGGGUAGUCAGCUUCCUAGAUUAGAAAAAGAUUUGUUCUUAAUUAGUAGGAAAGCAAAGGUACAAUUAAACGAAUGGUUAAAAAAAGGUACUGGUAUUAUAGAAACAUCAGAAGUAGCUGCAAAUCUUAAGAAACGUAAACGUACUGAUUAUGAGUUAAAUUAAUUCUAACUAUUUAAAUAUAUAUAAUAUAAAUAUAAUUGAUAGUCAAUAGAUUAUUAGCAAACAUAAUUGCAUGCAUAUUACAUGUAUAGGGAUUUUAUUUUAGUAAAAUUAGAAGGAGACAAUUUUUUUUAUAUCUUAUUAAUACUAGGAAAAUCAUUUAUUAAUAUUUUUAUAUUGAGAUUAUACAAUAACAGACAUAUACAUAUCAAAAGAUACAUUAAAUCAGAAAGUGAAAAGUGAUAUAUUUGAAAAUUUGACGAAACAAAGAAUGUUCAAUAAUUUUUUUUAUUAUUUAGACAGGGUAUAGUGUAUAGUUCUAUUAUAUAGGAUUGAGAAUAAAUGAGGAGGCUGCUUAAUUUAAAAAUCACAUAUCCCUUUAUUUAAAGAUACAAAUGCUUAUAGUUAUUAAAUAACAAAUAAAAAUUUUAUUUACAUUUCUUGUACGAAAUCAGUCAACCAUUGAACUGUCAACAAUAUUGAAAAGACUCAGGCAAUGGAAAAUGGUAACGUCUAGUUCACAACCCAUAGCUAAGUAAUGUUAAUAUAUACCUUAAUCAUAUAUAAUAAAAUAUAUAUGAUUCAUAUUGAGUCAUAAAAUAACUUGCGUACCAUAUGGACAUACAUUUGUCAGACACAAUGAACAAAGCAUUUUUUAAUUCUAUAUUUGAAUCAUUAUGUCUUACAAAAGUCAACGUUCGUAAAAUCUUUUCGUACAAAAAUACAAAAUUUACUUAAUUUACUAUAGCAAUCUAAAACUAAUGGAUUUAUAUCUAUGAUUUAGGAGUACACGUUUCUAUAUUUUAUACGUUCAAGAAAUUAACAAUGUAGCAAUUGAAACACUUUCUAUACAAAAUGGACUAUGCGUUUUACAAAAUAUACUAAUAUGGUAUGAUAUUCUAUGGCAGUGGCGCGCAAACUAUGAAUUAAUGACAUUUUCAUGAAUAUUACGUAUAAUAGCAAUAGUAAAUUAAUUUUUUUUCCUUUUUUCUUUUUUUUUUUUUUUUUUUUUUUUUUUUUUUUUUUUUUUCUUUCCUUUUUUUUCCUUUUAACUUUUAACAUACAAAUAAAAAUUAUAUUAUUACUAUUCUUACAUAAACUAAUAUAAAAUGAAAUAAAUCAUAGUGAUGUCGCAAGUAUGAAUAAUUUGCGUACCACUGUACUAUGGCAUUGAAAAAAAAAAAAAAAAAAAGAAAGAAAGUUAUCCCUCGUAUGAAUAUUUAAAUAACUGUACAAAAUCGAAAACAACAAGGAUAUUGUUUCGUAUAAUGUUUUAAUAUAGAAAUAUCACAUUGUAAUGUAGUAUUCAGAAUAUUAUUCCUCAUAUUUUUACUUUAUGGGAUUUUAUAACUUUAUCUGACAAACGCCUGCAUUUGAUGAAUCAUAUCUCUAUCAUAUAAUAAUGGUCAAUUAAUUAUAUAAUUACUAUAGAUGAUAUAUAUAUAUAUAUAUAUAUAUAUAUAUAUAUAUAUAUAUAUAUAUAUAUACUAUUGCUUUCUAUCCGGCCAUUAUGUCAACAUAGACAUUACUUUAAAAAUCACCUUAGAAAAACGCAUUGAUUUUCUUCAUAAAAUAUUGAUUAUUUUCAAUGAUAUCAUCGAAGAGACCAUUGUCAAUGAGAUUAUCAAUAUAUUUAUGAUCCGUCCAACAGUGCUACUAAUAUAAAUUGCAUUGUAAUGGCUUGUAUCGUAUUCAUUUUCAAAGAUAAAAACAUUUUGUUUAUAUCCUUUUUAAUAUUUUUACUUAAUUAAUUUGACGUUUAUUUAAAUCUAACUUAAUCUAUCCUUAAUAUCGCUAAGUUUGGAAUGUGAUUUAUUUAAAUCAAUGAUUAUCAAGACUAACACGAGGUACAUGUUCUUACAUAUAAAUAUCUCGUGAUAUUUAAAAGUUCAUUAUUAAGUGAUUUAUAAUUUAUGUGAAUUCAUAAGGAAAAAAAAAAAAGAAAAAAAAAAAGAUAUAAAAUAGCAAAAAAGAAUUAAAGUAAUUAAUGAAAGAUUUCAAAUAAUUCGGCAAGCAUGAAGCCAAUGCAAUAUCGAAAUGAACAUUAUUAUUUAUAUAUACAAUUCUAUUUAGUUAUAUAUGCAUAUAUAUACAUACACAGAAUGAGCCAAAAGUUUAUAGGCUAUAUCAAAAAUCAAUUAUUCUAUUCCAAGACUUUUUAAGUUUGUAGUUAGUCUUGUAGUUUUAACAAGUUAUGCUUGUGAUUUAAAAAUUUGAAGAAAAAAAAAAAAAAGAAAAAAAAAAGAAAAGAAAAAAAAAGAAAAAAAAAAAAGAUUAGCUUACAAAAUCUCAAGAAAAAAUUAUUGAUUUU